AUGUCAAUUCUGGUGGUGAAAAUUGUGAUGCUUGCAACGAUGGGCGCUUUUGCAUUGCUGUUCGGUCUGUUACCAACAAAAAUAUACAAAUAUGUUGAGACACAGCGGGCAACUAAACUUUCUGAAGAGAAGUUAGCAACUCGUUUUCUUUCAAUAUUGUCGUGCCUUUCUGGUGGUGUAUUCUUAGGUGUUUGCUUAUUAGACCUAUUACCUACAGCCAGCGAGGCAUUUAAUAAAAUAAAGCAAGAAAACGGAUGGGAAACGGAAUAUCCAUUUACGGAAGUUUUAAUUGGCUGUGGUUUCUUUAUUGUUUAUUUGAUGGAAGUAUUGGCGGUUCAUAUCUGUGGUCAAGAUCAUAUGGAUUACGAGGCGAAUCGAAACGAAUGCAAGAAUUGCAAAAUUGAGAAAGAUGUGAUCGAGGAAAGUUUUAGCAAUGGUGAGCAAGAAGUGAAUGAAAAUGAAGAGAACAAAAAACAAAAAGAUGCUUCAAUAGUGGAAUCAAAAGUUUCUGGAAAAGAUAAGUUUGUAAAAUCAGUAACUUUAGUGACUGCUUUUGCCGUUCAUUCUUGCCUUGAAGGAUUCGCCUUCGGCGUUCAGUACACAAUGUUCAGUGUAACAACACUUUUCCUUGGAAUAAUAGUGCAUAAAUCAGUGGUUGCAUUUAGCAUCGGAAUGAAUCUAAUUAAGACUCAUCCCAACAAAAUAUAUUUUGUCAUAUCGUUGAUAAUAUUUGUUGCAUUAACGUCGCCCAUUGGUGGUUUUAUUGGAAUCGCCUUGGAGGGUUCGGAGCUCGGUGAACAAUCACAAAAUAUUGUAACAGCAAUUGCAUCAUCGCUUGCCAAUGGUACAUUCAUUUACAUCACUUUUUUUGAGAUAUUAUAUGCUGAACAUGGACAUGGAGAGAGGAAAAUGGAGCAAUGGUUGAGUGUAGCUGUGGGUUUUGGUCUAAUAGCUAUUUUGAUGUUAUUUGCACAUUGA